GACACAUACGCAACUACCAGACACUGAAGCUAACCCGAAUAAACAACUAAGUUAGCUUUGGAGGUAGCUAGCAAGUUUUGGUAUGGCUACUUUUUCAAUGGCCUUUCGUUAAAAUCCUGUCAUAUUAUGUAGAGUGUAAACGUUUAGAAAUGUGGUUGAUAUAUUUACGGCUAUUUUGAUUUUAUGUAUGUUGUUUUCAACGUUUUAAGGGUGAUAUAGUAACAGUAACUUCGAUAAUUGGUUAGCAUAAGCUAGCUGGGAUACAACCUAACUUUCUGGAGGUAUGUUGGAGACUAAGUAGUCUUUUGUUUUUACUGUUUGCCUGUAGAAAUGGCGUCGUUACCGGCGACUGAAACGGUGGUAUGCCCGGGUGCAAUACCAGCGGAGUCCAUAGUACCCGCUUGUAUGUUUGCACCGGACCAGGGAUGUGCUGACGACCCAGCCGGCGAAGACGGCUUCGAGGACGGGGAGGCCACCAACGGAGAGUCCGCGGAUCAUUUAGACCUUAGCAGCAAGGUGGGCCUUACUGUGAAUUAAAGAAGAGUAAUGCAAACAUUUAAAGAUAUUCCACACGGGAAGCUUUAUGUUUUGGUUUGGGAGUUGACUGCUGUGUAGUGGAAUUGCAAAUAUCCAGUUUCAUGUGAACUGCACACUGUGCAUUUUUUGCAGACUGUGCAAAACAUCAAGGAGAGUGACACGUAUAUGCAUGCAUGUGUAACUGCAUCCAGCUGGCAGGCUAUCAAUCCGCUGGGUUUAUUUACAUUAUGUGCACUUUUUGCAGGGCAGCCAAGGACAUCAGACUUUAUUGACAAACCAUUUACAUAUGUUUUGACUGAUAUGCAAAGCACAUUGUCUUAACAUUAAAGUUAAUAUUUGCAGUUUCUCGUCAAAACGGAGACUUCAACACAGUGUUUGUUCUUUGACUCUCUGUUUGCAGAUGGUCCUUGUGAGUCCAACAGGGGAACAGUAUGAUUCAUUACUAAGGCACCUAAGGGAGCUGAUAGAUGAAGGCUGUGGAGAGACUAUCUAUGUUGUUGGAAUGGGCUCAGGUAAGAGUGACUUGUUCAAGAGUGAUCUCUCUUAACAGUCAACUGUUCAUGAGUACACGCUCCAACACACCUGAUUCAUAUGAUUAGCUCGUUAUUAAGCCAUUACGGAGCUUGAUAACGAGCUGAUCAUUUGAAUCAGGUGUGUUGGAGCAGGGAAACAUCCAAAACAUGCAGGACAGUGGGCCUCGAGGACUGGACUUGAGAACCACUGGCUUAAACAAAAUGAUAAAUCAACUUAUAGCUAUCCACUUCCUACAUUAUAAAGCUUAAAAUGCUGUCUUAAAUCCCUUGAGUUUAAAUCUUGUCUAAAAAGUUGCUUUUGGUGUCCAAGGCUGGAAUUUGAACAACUUUUGGAUAAAGUUUUUAAUUGAGAGAACACUUGGAGCUCUAAAUAGUACAUUUCUUAAAAUGCAUGCAGAUAUAUUGUAAGUUAUAACAGAUUCUUGGAGCCAUGCGCUAUAUUGAGUUUGGGCACAGCAAGAUGGAGUGUUGCCUGGUCUGUAUUAGAGGAGUCAGAUGGCUGAGGAGAUCCAGCAAUAAAUCAUGUUGUCCUGAAACAACCUCUCCUAAGUUAUCACCUCUGAUUAGACCUCCUCUGAUAGUCCACUGACCUCUAGACUUUCACAUCGUCUACACUAGCUGUAAGUUUCUCACAGUCCCAAAUACUCAAAUGAAAAUGAUGUUAUAGUAUCCAUGAUUAAAGGUAGCAAACUAUAUUCAUAAAUGAGUCUCAAAGUGAUGAUUAUAUGAUGCUAACACAGGUUGUUUUACUAAUCAGUAACUUUAAGUACAUAAAAACUGGAUAUGACAGUUAAACAUCGAUUUGUAUGUUGGUAUCAGUUGAUUUUUAGGAGUAGGAGUGGAAGAAUCCAUGUCAGUUAAUAUGAUCUGUGAGGCCCUUAAGGUAAAGGUGCCAGAUUUAGCCGCGCAGGCUUAAAGAUGAUGUUUGUUGUAUUAGAGGCAGAACAGACUUGGAAGAAAUAGAAUAUAAAUAAGUUUGUUUAGAGGUGUGUACACAAGCUUCCUGCAACGUCUUAAUUGAAGAAAUCUUAUUUUGAAUUGUGACUGGAUUUUAGAUGGGACCUUUACGAAUACUUAAUCAAAUCUUUGCUGUCGCAUGGAAAAGCAAAUCCACAAAACAAAGAACGAUGCUGUCCAGACAAAUACAGCUUUUGCAGCAGCUUAACAUGCACACAUUCAAACAUCUGCAGAAGAAUGAGGGAAGGAGAGGAAAAUGAGACAAUGCAAAUUUGAGGAAAUUAGCCUGCAAGAAAAAAAAACAGAUCAUCUUUACACAGCACUGUACCCCUUUUACUGAGGCUGCUGUCUUGCACCACUGCGUUUCUACUGUAGCACAGUGUGGACAAAUUAGUUGCACAUGCAUUUUUGUAUUUACUAAGUAGCUGUACAGAAUGCACCAGUUUGAAGAUAAGGAAAAUAAGUGUUUUUGCACGCUACAGAGAUCUUAGUUUCCAUGCAUAACAGGAGUUUGUUUUCCUCAAAGUCCACCGCUUCCCCAACAUUAGGGGCGAACAGGAGAGGGUUUCAAUUUAGAAUCGAAUCCCUGUAUAUCACUCAGUGUUUCCAUUUCCGCGGGCUGUACCUUUAUUUGCAGUCCACUGCAUGCAGGAUUGAAUCAUAUCAAGCCUAUGAAAGAUCAUCAGCACAUUAACCCAUAUGUGCACAAACAAAGGCAAGUUGACCCAAACACAGCCAAAUGCACAUAUAAGUCACAGUAUGUCUGACACGUUUUAGUCAUCUUAUGUGUGUUGAAUAAAUCCCAUAGAUGGCACCAAAGGCUUUUUAAUAUUUCACUUAAAGAAGGAAAAAACAAAAAGAGGUACAACCAGACUGGUGGUGUUUUUUUUUUCUUGUAGCUUGCAGCUCAAACAUAUAGUGUGUAAUUUACAUAUUCCAGGCCAUCGGGGACAUUUUUACAUAUCUGAAGUCACUGGAUAACACUUAAUUUAAGCAUGCUCAAGGAUCAGGACACCAUGUAUCGUAGCAGAGAUAUCACAGCUGUCAGCUGCGUGUCCUCCCAGGCAGCUGACCGUGUUUGUGCGCUGUUCAGAGUCACUCUGAAACCCUCACUACUACACACCAACACCAGGGCCUUUGUCAGCCACCAGUUAUUUUUGUCUGUUACAGCAACAUGUGUGACCCAUGUGGCCUGUCGGUGGGUCAAAGUGCACACUGUGAAAAGGGUGUCGUUUUACCUGACUCAGCAGAGGGACAGACUGUCACUAGUUCACCAGUUCAUGUCUGUCUGUCUGUGUGUCUGUCUGGCGGGGCAGCUCGCUUUCUGGCCUCCUGACCUGACUGGUUGUUUCUGUUUCCUGUCAGUCAAAACUAACCUUUGUGGCCAGUGUGUAGAUUGGAAUACAGCAGUGAAGCAGCUGGUGGCUAGAGUUGCUCCAAUGUGAAUUUAUUUUAGAUGUUUAUUGUGCUGUGUUUGUAUGAAGUGUUUGGGCCCACAAACACACCACAAUGGCAGCAAGUCAGUUCACUGAGGCACGUAGACUUGGUCAAUACUAAUAUGAUAAUAAUAUGAUCCUACAUUUGACAGAAGACAUGUGACAUUAGAGUAAUCCCUCUCUUUUUUACUUUGGAGUUUUACGUCAUCACUCUUCCCUCUCUCUCUGUUUAGAUGGAGGUGACUAUGGUUUAGAUGACAAGGACAUGGAGGCAUCAGUAGCCACUGUGAGGUCGCUGUGCGAACAGAUCGAGGCUGACCUGAUCCUUCUGAGAGAGAGGACAGACACUGGUGGAAAACUUCAAGACUACCUCAUCCGCAGGCGUGUGGGGGAGCAGGAUUUCCUGGAAGUCAGGUAACAUAAAGGAAAAUGAAUAGUUUGCUAGUUAGCUCAGUUAAAAUGCUCUUGAGCUUUGUCCAUGUGGUGACUGUGACUGAAAAGUUGUGUGAGACCACAAUUUGGAAUCAAUUUAUAAACAUUUCUGACGUUUACCAGCAAUAAACGAAAUAAAAAAAAAUUGAAUUUUGCCAUAUUUCUAACGUCUGUGCUAGAUAUUUAUUUUACCGUCAUCUCUCAUCUUUUCUCCAGGGUGGCGGUAGUCGGGAAUGUGGAUGCAGGGAAGAGCACCCUGCUGGGGGUUUUGACCCAUGGAGAGCUAGACAACGGCAGAGGCUUCGCUCGCCAAAAGCUCUUCAGACACAAACACGAGAUGGAGAGCGGCAGGACCAGCAGUGUGGGCAAUGAUAUCCUGGGUUUUGACCAGGAGGGACAGGUGAGCGGUUAUGGCAUGAAACCACAACAUACUGUGAAAAGAGUUGAUGUUAUGUCAGACAUUUUUCAGUCAGAAUAAAAGUCUAAAAACAGAAUUUUGGGGCAAUUUUUUAAAUUCUUUCCUAUACUGUUUAAGUCUUCCCCACUUUUCUUCUUCUGUUAAUGUCUUUUUAGGUUGUGAACAAGCCAGACAGUCAUGGAGGCGGUCUAGAUUGGACCAAGAUCUGUGAGAAAUCCUCUAAAGUCAUCACCUUCAUCGACCUGGCUGGCCAUGAGAAGUACCUCAAGACCACCGUAUUCGGCAUGACAGGACACCUGCCUGAUUUCUGCAUGCUCAUGGUGAGAGGGAAGAGGAGCUCGCAGGAGGAGUCGCUCAGUCUUUUGUUUAUAUCUACAAUGAAGUGGGAAAAAAAGCAAAAAAGAUGAACUGUCUGUUUACCUGUUCCUGGUCUUUUUGUCUUAGGUCGGCAGUAACGCUGGUAUCGUUGGCAUGACCAAAGAGCACCUGGGUCUGGCACUGGCCCUUAAUGUGCCCGUGUUUGUCGUGGUUACAAAGAUAGACAUGUGUCCAGCCAACAUCCUGCAAGGUAAACAGAUAUGUAACUAUAGUGUUUGUAAAAGCAGUUACAUAACUGCAGAAAUGUCUGUUUCACAUGAACACAGCAUUUUUCUGUGCGGUAAUGAUUUAGAAAACUCAGUACUUUAAAAGCCUCUGAGGGAAGGUAAAUAUUUAUGCCCACAAACUCCUGAAGAGGUAUUUGUUUCAUGUGAAGCAAACGCAAAGUAGAAUUUGCUUAAACUGCAAGUACCUAAAAGAGCAAAUUAACAAAGCAAGUGGGAACAGAUCAGCAAACAAGCUGUCUUCUUUUCUGAAUAUGAUUAAAGAGGGUUUUAGAAUAGGAAAGUUACAAGUAAAAAGUGUUGUCUAAUUAAAACCUGUUCUUUCCACCUGUUUCCUAAUCGCAUUCCUUACACCCAACUGUUUAACAAGCAUGUUGGUGAUUAAAAUGUUGCAGUCUUUUAACCAGCAAAUGUACGAUAUGUCCCUAAACACUGUGACAAUGCGGGGUACUCUUUAAUUUUUGUGAUAUUUUUCAUUACUACAGAGACGCUAAAAUUAUUACAAAGGUUACUAAAGUCUCCGGGCUGCAGAAAAAUCCCAGUGUUGGUCCAGAACAAGGAUGAUGUCAUCGUCACGGCCUCCAACUUCAGCUCUGAGAGGUAAAAAUACUCUGCUGAAGAGCAGACAAAGGAUCCAAGAGAUGUCUACAGAAAGACUGAUUCAGAUUGAGUUAGAUGGGUAGAUAUUCAUUCAAGUGGUUCAACACUGUCCUGUGUAAAAUUCUAAUGAUUCAUGACGUCAUCUGAGAAACAACAAUGAUGGAUGACUGAGAUCUGUGGGGCCUCAGCCAGCACUGCUUAAAAAAAUAAUACAGCUCUGUAGUGGAAAUGACCGCAUGGACUCAAAAAUCACACCAGAAAGUGUUUUCUAUUAACUGAGUAUCUACAGCGCAGGUUAAAACUGUACCGUACAAACAGGAAACCAAAUAAAAACAUGAUCCAGAAAUUCUGGCAGCUUCUCUGAGCUCGUUUAAGGAGGACUAAGGUGAGCUGGAAAACUGUCCUGUUGUCUGGAGAAUCAAAAUGUGACAUGUAAAAAUCAUCUAUGCCACAUCCUUGGUGUAGAAGAAAAGAGAGAGACCGCCCGGCAAUGCAUGAAAGCAUAACAGAAACCAUGAACUGUUGCGCAGCUGGUCUCCACAGUGACUAAAGGUUUGAAAAGACAACGCAACAGGACCAAUCAUGUUUCUGGCAUUAGAUAUGAAUAUCUAACCCAGCAGCCCACCUCUUUCGGUAUUGUGGUCAUUCAUCUUUCAUGGAUUCAGCUGAUACUCCCAAACUAAUGCAAAAAUCUAAAUUCUGGUUUUGUAUUCAUAGGUGUAGUAUUAGUUCCUUAUUUCAGAGAAUCUUCCAUCUAGGAGGUCAUGUGUCAGGGUUGCUAAAGAGCCAAAAAAUCUUGUCUUGCCCAAGUGUCCUUAAACAUGCAGAUCAGAUGCUUGGUGUUUUUUUUUUUUUUGCUUGUCACUGUGCGGCAGUAUAAGAAUGUCAUACUUUUCUCUCCCUCUCUGCAGGAUGUGCCCAAUCUUUCAGAUCUCCAAUGUGACAGGAGAGAACAUGGACCUGCUGAAGAUGUUCCUAAAUCUCCUCUCCUCCAGGACAAACUUCAGCAACGAUGAGCCUGCUGAGUUCCAAAUAGACGACACAUACUCAGUACCGGUAUGACACAAAACUCACAUGUUGCUACGCAUGUGGAUUCCUCUCCCCUCUAGCUCAGUCGGUCCUCUUUCCUCUGGUUCGUCUUGUCUCUUUUUCCGCACAUUAAAGUGUUUACCAACAGUGGUCCAAAUGUUAGAGUCGGGGCCCUGAGGGGAGACAACAGCAGAGUGCAGCAGCAGGUUACACAGACACAUAAGUCAAAGUGUACUGUCACUGACGGGCCUUUCUGUAAAGUGACAGCAGAGCAACAUGAAGAAAAACAAGCAUCGUCUGAACUCCUUUACAACAUAUUAAAGGUUUUCUGUUUUUUUUCCCCCGUGAGACCAAUCAGCAACAUGACACCAGUGUUAGCAUGAUCCUCAUCAGACUGAUCUAAAAUCAGAACUGUACAAGUCAGAGCAUGCUGUCCUCAUUCAAAGGCUUCCAGUAUGUAUUCAGCCUUCAAGUCAACACUUGACAAUCGCAGGGGGAGUUAGAAAAUGAUCAGUGGCAUGCAGGCUCCUGUAAACGCCCCGUAGAUUCUCUUCAAAUUGAUCCAAAUUCAGUAACACCUCCAGUCCGUCAAUGUUUUCUGUCAUUAUCUUGUAGAAUCAUCAAUAGUCUUUUUGCACGCACAAAGUUCUUGAAAAUUUCCGGAAAUUACCUGGUGAGCUGUACGUCUGAACAGAAACAUCUGAGUUUUUCACCCCGACUUCAUCAUGGGGUCACGUCAUUGUAUCACAAAAAUCUUAUGUAACCUCUGUCUGCACGGGUUUGAGUCCUGUGUGUUGUUUUCAGAUGACAUCAGACCAAGCAAAAACAACAAAAUACCAAAACCUCUUACUGAACUUUGGGGUUAUUUAAAAAAUAAAUAAGUAAGGAAAACACAAGACGUACUGGAUUGUCCCCCUGGGGAAGUUUGUCUUUGGCGGUAAUGCACGGAACAUACCGGUUUGUGUGACUUUGUGUAACAUAAAACAAACACAGCGCAGAUAAAAUGUUGGAGCUUCUAUAAUUGUAGUAGUUUGAGAUAAUUAGCUAAUAUAGCCUGAAGUAGAAACUUUCAAGUGCACUGACAUGACUUGUAGAAAACUGCAUACUGAGAGGCUUUAUACGUGUGUGAUCUGUGAUUGUCUGUGACUGGCAGGGUGUGGGCACAGUAGUAUCAGGAACUACGUUACGUGGACUGAUAAAGCUCAACGACACACUGCUGUUAGGCCCAGACCCCCUGGGCACCUUCAUCCCCAUCGCUGUUAAAUCCAUCCACCGCAAGAGGAUGCCUGUGAGAGAGGUCCGCGGUGGACAGACGGCGUCUUUCGCUCUCAAAAAGGUUUGUGAGAAACCAAGUGACCGCUGAAUCCCCGUCUAUAAACUGAAACAGAACAAAGGCAAGCAACAAAGUCUGAAACUUUUGAAAAGUGUAAUUAUUCAGAAACUUUUGGAUGUGACGUGCGUAUGAAUGAGUGUCCUAACCGUCUAAUAAGCUUUAUAAUUUAUGUAAAUCUUGAAACGUAGGGGCAGGUAGAGCUCCGUCUCUGGUUCAGGUUGUCUUUGUCGGUUGUCUGUAAAAGCCUGAGCCCCUCACUUCUUUUCCUCACUUUUUGAAUUUUCAAAUUUCUUUUCUCUUAGAUCAAACGUUCAUCUAUAAGGAAAGGCAUGGUGAUGGUUUCUCCAAAGCUGAUGCCACAGGCCACCUGGGAGUUUGAGGCUGAGAUUUUGGUGCUGCACCACCCCACAACAAUAUCCCCGAGAUACCAGGCCAUGGGUAAGUACUAAUGGUGUCAAAUCUCUCAUUUUCACCUUGUAUCCACACAACUCCAGCAUUUUUGAGAUAUCCUUGGCAACACUGCUAGCAAAUGUCAGGUAGAAAGAAGAGUGGUAGUGUUUUUUGUGUCUAAACACAGAAAGACUUUCAGACUCUUCUGGUGUAAACUUUAUUCUGACACCUUUCUCCAUCACACCAGUGCACUGUGGCAGCAUCAGACAGACAGCCACCAUCCUGACCAUGAACAAAGACUGUUUACGGACAGGAGAUAAAGCCUUAGUCCACUUCCGCUUCAUCAAGACUCCAGAGUACCUGCACUGCGACCAGAAACUGGUGUUCAGGGAAGGACGCACUAAAGCCGUGGGCACAAUUACAAAGGUAAUGUAGAGUACAGAGACUUUAAUGUUUGAUGUUUAUUCAUAGCUCCAGCACCCAAAACACAUGGAUGACUGCAGGUUAACUCACCCUGGCUUUGCUGCUCUAUUCCAGCUCCUCCAGUCGGUGAACACACAGGCAGCUAAAGCCCAGCAGGCUAAGAUGCAAUCCAGUAAGAAGACUUUCAAAGACGGCACAGCAGCCAGCGAGGAGGCCGGAUCAUCGGCACGGCCGCCCAGCCCGAGCUCGGCACAGCUACCAGUGAGUAAAUCCACACUUGGGGAAACUUUUAAAGCAUGCAGUAAGUUUUAAUGUUGAAAAAUUGAGACUGUUAGUGCUUGAAAAGGUUAAGUCAGUGCUUAACUUUUGAGGAUCAUUGCACCACAGAGGCAGAAUUUACACCCAGAACUUGGCAGUGGGCUCAUUAUUUAGCAGUUUUCACCAAUGCGGUCAAAGUCUCCCUGACAAAGACGGACCUACAAUCCUUCUCCUCUGUUGAAUGUUAUUACUGAGGCAUGAUUCUAUCCAAAACGAUGUUAUAAUGCAGCUCUCAAUUUUGAGCUAGACUUCUGGUUGUAAUUUUUAAAGCUAUUUGUUUCCUUUCAUUCCUGAUCUUUGCUGUCUGGCGGGAUAAUGAUCUUUCCUUUUCUGUGCUCUCUUCCUCACCCCUCAAUGAUGUGGUUUUCUUCCUCCCAUGCUAAUUCUUUUUCGUUCUCAAACCUCCUGUCAUAUGCGUUCUUGCCUUGCCCAUGAAAUCCUUCUUUUAUCCCCUCGUGAGGUUACACCUGUCCUCCCGCAUCAUCCUUUUUCAUUCUCUCACAUCCUCGUUCCCCCGUCUCAUCCUCACCCCUCCUCCUCGCUCUCAUUUGCCCUUCAUGCUCUUUCCUUCAACUUUAACGCUUUUCUUUUUCUGCUCCCCCUCUCUCUCCCUCCCUUUCUCCCGCUGUCUUGGCAUGCUGCGUCAGACAGUGGCAGAGGAGGAGGCUCUGUGUAAAGAAGGCAACAAAGAGAACAAGGUAAAGAAGUUUCUGCAGCCCCUGGGAGUCAUGACGAGGUCCCUGUCUACUUAAGCUCGGAUUUGUUUUUUGUUGUUGUUGUUGGUUCCCUCCCUUUCUAAACUUUAUAAACAGGGUUUUCUGAGCAUGCACACUCCUUUCCACGUGUAUAUUUCUGGUUCUGCAGAGUGACACAAGAAAACCACAGUCAUCACACUGCAGUGUUUUUCUGCUCGCCUCUUUGAAAACUCACUUUUGUUCUUAUUAGGUGUUUAAUUACUGAAAUGAGCUGGACCAUAGUGGGUUUUCAGUGAAAGAGGAAAAUGAAAAACUCUGGUCUCCAAGUUUGGGUGUUUGUACAUAAUUCAGGGUUCAGCCAAGUCGAGGAAAAUAAUAAUUUGGUGUGUGCGCUCAAAAAAGUGCUGCAAUUAGGUAUGUUCCACACUCAUCAAAAGUUAUAUUUCUGUAGUGUUAAAACAGACAACACCAACUAAUGCAGCGCUGAAGCCCACCCUGAACCUUCAACAGUUUCAUCUGAACAUCUAUGAGCUUCCUGUUAUACCUGUUUGGCCCAACCCCUAACCCAGAAGUUGUUUCCAAUCUCCUAUUCAAGAUAGUUUGAUCUGUUAGUGAGCAUUAAAACAAUAACAACAGUUUGCAACAAAGACACAGUAUACUUGUCAUUUUCCAAUAAAAAUAAACACAAAAAAAAACCCCACAACUUUGUCGUAUGCCAACAGUGAAGAAGGCUUCUAGAAUGCCGGAUUGGACCUUAAAGGUGGUUUAAAUGAAGCGUCUUAGACGGAGACUGAAGAGGCUUGUCGGAGCACUGCAGCUACCAGAGCCUCACGGAGUUAUUGAAUGAGUUGAAUAAAGUUUGACUUAUCCGACUGUUUUGUUUUGGCUUAAUGCGCCUUAUAAUCCGGUGCGCCUUAUAAUCCGGUGCGCCUCAUGUAUGAAAAUAGACGCGAAUAGACGCAUUCAUUGAUGGUGCGCCUUAUUAUCAGGUGCGCCUUAUAAUACGAAAAAUGUGGUAGUUUUGGCUAGGAACACCAGUCUGUUGACUUGUUCUGGCUUUAGUGAUGAACGAAGGCAGGCAACAACAUUGCUCCUUUAUCACCUGUCUAUAACCAUAGUCCACUUUAUGGCUAUACAUCAAGUGACCUAAUCAGCUGUGUUUACUGAUGAUUACUUGCUAAUUCAAAUACUUGUCGCUCGCUCCGCGGUAUGUGCGUGCACAUAUACUGAUACAUAUGAGUCCAAAUUAGAGCCACGCAAACAAACAAAAACUCAUUUUUAAGGUGUGGCAGCUUUUGUUUAGCUGUGGCGUUGCCCCACAGUUGAUUGCAUAUCAGGGAAACCCUGAAGCUGGUCAUGUUGCCUUGGGGAGCAGACAUGACUGCGUGACAAACUUUCAAAAAAUUUCGUUUUGCUCCAAGUCCGUCAACUUGAAGCCAAAAUGUUUCCAGUCAUCCUACCUUUUUCUCAACCAAAGGCUGCCUUUCUGCCAUGUUUUCAAUCACAUUAUUGAUCCACACACAUCACACGCUUGCUGCAGCUGCACGUAACAGGUGUGCAUUUAAAGUGUUUUCCCAGUUCGGGAAUGUAUACACACGCCGUGUUGUGUGGUGCAGUGAUCGUGUUUCUUUGAUUAUAAUGUUUUUAUGAUGGUGAGAAGCUAAAUUGAAAUCAUGAUUAAAAUUCAAUUAAUCAUCCAGCUCUAUAAGAAGCUAUCAGAGGGACAAUGUAAAGCCAAGAGGAAGCAUAGUAGCCCCUCUAAAAAGAUCCACAGGUGACUUCAACACUAUAAAGGCAGCAUGAUCCUGCUCAAGCUGUCUGUGAUUUAUCUUACUAUGUACAAGCAGGCUUUGGUUCCUGCUUUCUCAGGUGAACAACCUCUUCUUUAAUGCUCCUUAUGAUGGAGAAGCCCAGCCUCCAGCACAGCUCCUUAAGCUAAGUCAUUCACGAUGGACUCUUUCCACCUCAGCGUAGAUACUGUCUGCUGCCACAAGGCUGCGUACCUGCAGUGAAGUGGAAAGCUAAUGAUGCCUGCCCUUCAGUUUUCCUCCCACUGCUCUGAGCUCAGUGACCACACCAGUGUAAACUCACCUGACAGUGAAGGUCGACUCAGGAUCCUCACGAUUAAUGAUUGAAAUUUUACAAGUUUAAGAGUGAGUCUUAGAAAUAAUUAAACUUUAAUUUAACAUUAUAAUAACCUCCGGGUAAAUCACAGUGCUGCAUCACAUAGAGGAGAUCUGCAUUUUUAAUGAAUGACAAAGUUGUAAAGGGCUUCCUCUUUCUACUUAACAUUUCAAACAGAAACCCUGGGUUGUUGCGAUUUACCUUUUUCAUUUUCAUCCUCCCUUACUUUGGGAAAAACUUUUUAACAAGUCUUGUCCCUCUUAACCUUUUCAAGUUCGAAGUUCAGAACUGCAUUGUGUUUCCUUGAAAUGCUUCAACCCCUUGAAACUGAUCGACCAGCCUCUUUUAAAAUCCCAAUAAGCCUCAGUUUGUGUACCUGCCAGCUCACUGUGGUGUUUCUGUCCGUCUGCAGCUCAAGUCUGGAGGCGGGGGACGCCGGAGAGGUGGUCAGAGACAUCGAGGGAAAGGCAUGACCGCCACGACAAUCUCAACAGCCGUUCCUGCAGGGGCAGCAGGCACAGCCUAGAAACACAAACCUUCUCUUCUCCUCAGCUCUCUUGGAGGGAAAAUGACUGCAUCAGACAUCUGCUGGUUGAACACAAAGACCGGUGCUCAUUUUUCCAACACAUACGGAUUCUUUAAGAGUUUGGCAUCAUAAGAGAGUGAAGUAUUUUCCAUGUUUGGUCAUCUGAAAGCUUACCAGCGUAAUUACUUGUGGGCUGCUGAGUGUAAGCUCCAUUUUAGGAUGAGUUUUAAUUUAGUUUUCUGCAAUUUGGAGAUAACAUGAUCUUUUUUUUUUUUUUUUAAUUUGAGGUGUCGAUCUUGUUGAAUGUUCAUGAGGACUCCUCUAAAAGCGUGAGAAGUAUUUCCAGCCAGCAGGGGCAGUCACUUUCCCUCCCUCUGUAACUCUUCUGUCCUCAUCUCAUCUUUCUGACUUUCACCACCUCUCUUGUCACAUCAGUCAUUUAGCAGAGAAGUAGACAGUUGUAAAAAGUUGAGCAGUGUUUUUAUGCUACAAAGCUACACAUCUCUGAAACUGGCAGUUUGAACGCACACUGGGGAACUGAGUGAACUGAAAGGGAACUGGCGGCCGAUCUUUUUUGGUUUGAAGCUGAUAUAUUAAAAUAAUAGAUGACAUUAUUUUAAGCUGAAUAGUCGCUUAAAAUCCCCUUUAUUUUAGGAAAUGCGCUGUUGAGUUUACUAAAGAGUUGUCAAAUCGCAAUAUUUUGAUACCACAGAUUUACAAAGACACUUUCUGUUGAUUUAAACUUCAAUACUAUAAAAACAAGUCAUAUAAAAUGAAUAACUAUUACACAAUGGAUCAUAUUCCCAUGGCGACCAUUACAGUCUGGGUUUUGAACUCGCAUUAACAUAUUUUUUAUGAGAUACCAAUACAAUCAGCACAAUUCUGCAGAGAUGUGUUGUUUUCGCCACAGUCCAGAUGCAUUAUUCUUUUUGAAAUUUGUUUGUGUAAUUUACAUUUUUAUUGAUUUAUUUAAAGAAAAAUUCUGGUGCAUAAUAAUGAAAAGGGUAAGACUACAGGUGUUAUGGUUGAGCUGCUACCAGUGAAAAGUCACUUGUGUUCUGUGGACUAGCAACUUUCUCCUGGUUGUCAUAGCAACGGACUGAAAACCCCCAAUUACUUAGUUGUAACACUUAACAUCGCACUACCUGAGAGCUCAAGUGAUGUAUAAAUAGACCAUAACAUAAUAUUAAGAAAGUAAAUCUGCAAAACAAACAGUUUGUUUGACGCUUGAACAGAAUUGGUCGGUGAACAUCAUGGAAAUAUUCAACCCAGAGCACCAUAAGAAUAUACAUGAUGACAAUUGACAAGUCUUCCACCCUGAGCAUGCUGUUACAGGAUAGCUGCCAUGGGAAUAUGCUCAAUAUAUGGCAAAUAUCUAUUUUUUUCACUGCAGUGAGAUUCCAAAGCACAAAAAGCAUCUCAAGCCUGAAAUCAUCCCCCUGACUGUCUCUGUCCUCCUGACAGCCACCACAACAGAAAGUUUACUCCCACCUCGGCAAAAACUGACACGCUGUCACGGCCGCGGUAUCAGCAGAGGUUUCAGGUGUUGCUUUUUUUUUUUAUACUCGCCCUGUACUCACAUCUAAAAUUUUGCUACCUAGACAGCCUCAUGUGAAAGUGCCAGGGUUUGGUAAAUUUCGCUCACAGAGACGUUAUUUUCUAUUUGAGACUUGCAGCUGUGGUGAAAUCUCCACAAGCAUGGAGAGCAAAACAUUUCCCUAUCUGCUGACUCUCACUGUUAAUCAUCUACAGACAGGUGUCAGUUAUUUGAGUUUGGAUAUUUUUAGACCAUGCAGCCAAAAGUGAAGACGUCCAGAAUAUGUUGUAAUUUUCCUUUAAUGAGUCAAAGUGGCCACAAAGGCUAUUUGCUACAAGCACAAACCUCUGAUGCUUCUUGCAAUUUAAACCCCAUAAUGAUCAUAAUAAGACAGACUGAGUCUUACUUAUCCAGCAUUUUUUCUAGUUGUUAUGCUAAAAUAAAAAUUCAAGUGAUGAAUGUCUAAAGCCAAGAAGAACAUAUUUGAUCGACAACAACAAAAAAGUUUUGUAUUCCCUUGAAUCAGACAAAGAAAGAAUAUUGUUGUUGAUCAAACACUAUCAAAUAUUAACAAGACACAACAUUGUUUACAUCCAUAUAACCAGAGGAGGUCUGUAUUUGUGAUCAUUUGUCCACAGAUAAGUCUACAUGGUGGAUAAAUCUGUGUUAAAAAGAGCAUUAUUUACAGCUGUUUAUCUCAGAUCGCCACUUUGGAGCUAUUUCAGUCAAGCUGCCAUUUUGAAACUGCUCUCUUUUUUUGCUCUGCUGGUUAGAUCAAUUUGUCCAGCAGUCAUAUCCUUCUUACAUUUAAGGAAGUUAACCUUAUAACUAAAUAGGUUUUUCACUUUAAGUUCCUUACCUUCCUCCUUACAUACAGCACCAUCAUCACAUUCUGCUUGUUCUUUUGUCUGGGGCUCAACAGAAGACACCAGAUUCACUGAAGUGCUAUGACAUCUCAUUUUCCCUUUUGACGUUUUCCUCUUUAAAAGGUCUCCCCUAUUUACUUUGAAGGGACACGUUUUUGUGUAUAUGUUUGUACUGAAGUUGUGCAGAAGAACUGAGGAUAAAAAAGUUGCCAUUUAAAUUAAGUGCUGCCACUUUGUGUUGUAAAUCCUUUUAAAUAAAGAUGUUCUAAAAAACAAUAAAA